AUGGUGGUCAUUUUGCUCCAAUGCUGCUUGACGAGGAGGCAACUGCUGCAGCUGAUCUUUCUCUGCAUGACUUGGAAGAUGGGGAAUAACCAGCUCCAUUAUUCAGUGCUGGAAGAAUCCCAGCACGGCACCUUUGUGGGCCGCAUUGCCCAGGAUCUGGGACUGGAGGUGAGUGAGCUGGUGCCUCGGAUGUUCCGGAUGGAAUCCCAAGGUGGUGGGGACUAUUUUGAGGUGAAUGUCCAGAAUGGGAUUUUGUUUGUUAAUUCCAGGAUAGACAGGGAAGAGCUGUGUGUCAAGAACCCGGUUUGUGCCAUUCACCUGGAGGUGAUUGUGGAUAAACCUCUGAAGGUCUUCCACAUAGAGGUAGAGAUCAAGGAUAUAAAUGACAAUGCUCCUACAUUCCCCCAAAAGGAACAGAAAGUCCUUGUGUCUGAAUUGAGAACGCCUGGCUCCUUUUUCCCACUGGAAGGAGCAUCUGAUGCAGAUAUUGGUCCAAACUCUCUCCUUUCCUAUACAGUCAGCCCUAAUGAACACUUUGCUCUUGAUGUUCAGAGCAGACAUGAUGAAAGCAAAUUAUUAGGACUCCUUUUAAAGACCUCCAUAGAUAGGGAGGUCAAGGCUGUGCAUCGCUUGCUGCUCACAGCCACAGAUGGGGGCAAACCAGAGCUCAGUGGCACGGCUCAGCUGGUGAUUGUCGUACUUGACGAGAAUGACAACGCACCAGCCUUUAAUCAAUCUGUUUACAAAGUCCAGAUGACAGAGGAUGUUCCAAGUGGGUCACUGGUGAUUAAAUUAAAUGCCACAGACCUGGAUGAAGGAAUAAAUAAGGAUGUUACAUAUUCAUUUCAGAAUCGUGCACCUGCUAAUUUAAAAAAUAUAUUUACUUUAGAUUCUGCUAAUGGAGAAAUAAGAACAAAAGAUAAAUUAGACUUUGAGGAAAAUCAUCAAUAUGAAAUUCAGGUCCAAGCAAGUGAUAAGGGAAGCAAUCCAAUGACUGGGUAUUGUAGUGUUGUGAUCGAACUGAUAGAUGUCAAUGACAAUGCCCCAGAGAUGUCCCUGAAGUCUCUGAUAGUGCCAGUGAUGGAGGAUUCCCCGCUAGGGAUGGUGGUAGCCCUCAUUAGUGUCCUGGAUAGGGAUUCUGGGGCCAAUGGGCAAGUGAACUGUUCCCUGCACCCCCCUGGGCUUCCUUUCAAGCUUGUGUCUACCUUUAAGAAUUACUACUCAAUGGUAGUUGCUGAACCUCUGGACCGUGAGCAAGUGUCAGAAUACAGACUAAUUGUGACAGCCCAAGACCAAGGGAGACCAGCACUUUCAGCCACCAGCAGCCUGGUAGUGCCCAUUGGUGAUGUGAAUGACAACGCACCCACUUUUGCACAGCCCUCCUACACAGUCUUUGUGAAGGAGAACAACCCUCCUGGGGCUCACAUCUUCACAGUGUCUGCCUCGGACCCAGAUGUGGCUGAGAAUGCCUUGGUCAGCUACUGGCUGGAUGAGAAGCUCUGGCCACUGUCGAGCUACAUCUCGGUGCACUCAGAGAGUGGGAAGCUGUACGCUUUGCAGCCCUUGGAUUACGAGGAGCUGAAGCUGCUGGAGUUCCAGGUGAGGGCCAAGGAUGCGGGGCUGCCCUCCUUGUGUGGCAACGUGACCGUGCAGGUGUUUGUGGUGGACGAGAACGACAAUGCACCGGCAGUGUCUGGGCCAGACGAGGAUAUUGCAACUCUGGUGAAGGUCCCAGUGGCAGCUGGACACAUGGUGGGCAAGAUCCAUGCCUUGGACGCUGACUCGGGCUACAAUGCCUGGCUGUGCUAUGAGUUGCAUGAUGCAGCCAGUGGCCCGUGGCGGGUGGGGCUUUACAGUGGAGAGGUCAGUACAACGCGUGCUCUGGAGGAGGCAGAGGGCGGCAACAGCCAGAGUCUGCUGGUGCUGGUGAAGGAUCACGGCAAGCCAGUACUGUCAACCACAGUCACCUUCAGCGUUUCACUGGUGGCCAGUGCCCAGGCUGCCCAGAGUGAUGCCCGCCUCUCUGGGCUGGGAGGGAACACAAAGCCCCUGGCAGACAACGCCAACCUCUACCUGAUCAUUGCUAUCUGCUCUGUGUCCAGCUUGUUCCUGCUGGUCAUCCUUGUGUAUGUGGCACUGAAAUGCCAGAGCCAGGCCAAGGAGGCCAUGAUGUACGGUCCUGGCACAGCCACGCUGGUGUGUGCCAGUGAAGUGGGCAGCUGGUCGUAUUCCAACCGUCACAGCCACAUCUUGGCAGGGGUGAGUGGGGAGCCUGGUGCCAAGAGCGACCUCAUGGUUUUCAGCCCCAACAUUCCUCCUCCUUCAGGGAACGAGAAACGUACUGGCAAGCCUGCAUAA